UUGAAUACAAAUGAGGUCAUGGAUUCACCACCAGGCAAAGACUUUCAACCACUUUUUCAGAGCAAACCCUGACUGGGAAAGGAAUAAAAAAGAAAACUGGCCCCCUAAUUGAAUCCGAAGAACAAAAAGAAAAUGACACCGAGAAGUUUGUUGUGGAUACGUUCAGUUUAAAAGUGGAACGUUAGAGGAAAAGAAACAGUGAACCCGGGUCUUUAUAUUCUGGACUAAUUUGGCCUGUUUUAUAUGGAUUCCAGCAUUGCUUCACCCCUGAUGUUUGCCAGAUAAACUCUGAGUUUCUGUUUCAGUGUUACAGCACUGCACAGAGCUGGGAUUUAGUCAAGCCUAAAGCUGAUCACCAAUCUGGGAGCUAAAGAGAGCAGCUGAGCACCAUUAAGAACUAACAAACUCCUGGCAGCUACUUUCAACAUUCACUUCACUGACACCACAGAAAUGCUUUGGGAGUGCAAAACCUUCCUCUUCUGCAUUUUGUCGGUCUACAUCACAUCACUGGUGGUGGCUUCAGAUGAAAGGCAGCAAGAUAAUCACUGUGCUGAUCUCAACAACAUCACAUGGCGGCAAUACCAGCAGCAAAGAGUCAGACUGAACGUCCAGUAUCUGCUGCUGACCAGGGAAAAUAUGGACUGUCCACAAGCAUUCAAUGAGACCUCCCUCACCAUGGAGAACUCCUACUUCAACCCCUCGCGUCCUACAAAGGUUAUCAUCCACGGGUACAGGACCCGUGGGAGUAAGCCCUCCUGGGUGAAGAGGUUAAGCCAGGCGCUUUUAAGAUCUCAAGAUGUGAAUGUGGUGGUGGUAGACUGGGUCCGCAGUGCGUCCUUUGCCUACAACCUGGUGGUAGAGAUCUACAGAGAGGUGGCCAUACAGAUUUCUGUCCUCAUCAAUCAGCUGCAGAAUCAUGGCUGCAGACUCGAAUCCUUCCACUUUAUCGGGGUCAGUCUCGGGGCACAUGUCGCUGGUUUUGUGGGAACUUUGUUUGAAGGGAAAAUAGGAAGAAUCACAGGCCUGGACCCUGCUGGACCCAUGUUUAAAGGAGCGGACACCUAUAGCCGGUUGGACCCUUCUGACGCUCAGUUUGUGGAUGCCAUCCACACAGACUCUGACUAUUUUGGCAUCUCCAUCCCUGUUGGCCAUGUGGACUUCUUUCUGAAUGGAGGGAAGGACCAGAUUGGAUGUGCACGCUCCAGGUUUGACUCAAUUUUCUUGUAUUUUUUAGUGUACAGUUAUGUGAUAUGUGACCACAUGAGGGCGCUGGACGUCUACAUGAGCGCGCUGAACGGCUCGUGCCCGUUAAUGGGGAUCCCGUGCUCCAACUAUGAGGACUUCCUGAAGGGACGCUGUAUGGACUGCGACAUCUUCAGAGGGAAAUGUCCAGUAAUAGGUUUAUCAGAAAACAGUGGGAUAUCUAUAUCUCCCAUUCCCAAAGAGCAGACGCUAUUCCUCCUCACGACUUCUUCACAGCCAUAUUGUGCUCACCACAUCCUGGUGGAGUUGGAAGUUUCGAAACUGGAUAAGAGCGCUGAGAUUGAAGUGACCCUGACAGCUGAAACCCUGGAAACAAAGCAGAUCCUCAGGCUUCAGACAGAUACAACAGUGUACAGGACGGUGAUGGCUCACUCUACCCCCCAGUGUGAAAUCAACUCCAUCAGGCUGACAAACACAGGAGCUCGCUUCUACAGACAGGCAGAGAUCCACGUCAAGUCUGUCUGCGUGACUGAGUUUCCCUCUCUCAGGCGCAAAGAUCCUGUGUGUGUGAACAAAAUCAACAUCAGACGGGGAGCUCCGUGGUCCCACGACCUUGUGCAGUUGUGUGACUUCUAAAGAGAAUGAUCUCCUCGACAACAAUUGAAAAGUGCAUAGUGUGCAGCAGUCUGGCCUAUGAAGAUACUAACACAGAGAUGGUUUCACAUUUUUAUACCUUGUUUAAUUUUGGGAAAAUAUCAUUGGAGUUCAACCUCAAGGGGCGGAGCCUUAUAUUUUCUAACAUCAUGACUAAAACUGGGGGGAAAAAAAGAUUAUUUACAUUAUCAGUAUUUCCGUUACAAUAUUAUUAAUAUUAUAACUAUCUUUCUUUUUUGCCUAUACUCACUAAAGCGUUGAAGUGUUUAUGAAACCAAACAGUCUAGUUUCACAUCCUAGUCCCUUGUUUUUUGUUCUUUUAGCAUUAAAUGCAGCAACAAACUCUUAA